GAUUAGAUAAUAAAGCGGCUUCUAAAGUAGUUAUUGAGUUGGUAUAACGGUAGAAGGUGGAACAAAUUAUUCUUCAUCUAAAUGAUAGUUUUAUACUUGUGUUAAUAAUAAGACGUUUGAGAUGUCAACGUCUGGAUGAGUCAGAAUUAUUACAUAAUACAAGUUUUUCUUGGUUCAAUUAACAUAAACGAACAAGGUCGUCUCGGUAUAGUAAUGUUAACUGGUAGUAUUAGCCUUUUUCGUAUUUCUCGUACUAAACACGUAUUUGAAUGAGAAAAAAGUGGAGCUAGAUAAUGUUGUUCAUCGUCUCCAUGCUUCAAGCCUUCAGUAUUAUUUUGGCGUGAGAAAAUCAACGUUCUCCAACAUCUUAUGUAGUGAAUUGAAUUUAGUUUCUGUGAGGAAGUGCUUGGGAUGCAGGGGAGUGAUUUGUUGGAGAGUGGGGAAUCACGUCAAUAGUUGCAGAGACUGUGUAAUAGGAAUAAUUCAUUCGUAGAUAAAAUGGUGUGGAUUGUGUAUCAUAUUAUUGCACUUGGAGCAGUCCUUCAAUUGAAUGUGUGUGAUGGAGCCAAUAUACUGUGUAUCUUCCCAGUUCCAUCCUACAGCCAUCAACAGCCCUUACUGGCUGUCAGCAGAGAGUUGGCUGCAAGGGGUCACAAUUUAAUUGUCAUCAACACAAAUCCAACUAAGACACCAUUGAAAAACCACAGAGAUAUCGACCUCGGAUUCUUGUACAAUGAGUUCGAAGAAUUGAGAAAACGUGGAUUGUCACUGCAAUCUAGAAUAAGUCCAUAUAAGAUAGUUCACGAUUACAAACUGUUUAUGGAGUUCAUUACACCAAAAGCACUGGAGGCGCCACAAGUGCAACAGCUUAUCAAUGAGAUAAAUGGAACGAAGUUUGAUCUCAUAUUCUACGAGAGUAUCAUGCUUUCAAGUUUCCUGGGUUUCAGCGAGUUAGUCGGCAACCCACCAAUAGUGGGCAUGCUAACAAUCAACCCAUUCGUGAUCAGUGAUCCAUUAGUAGGUAACCCAGAAAUACCUUCGUACAUUCCAUCAGUACUCCUGCCCAACGAACACAGAAUGACCUUCGUAGAACGAGUAAACAACUUCCUCAUAAACGCUUACUACCAUUACGUGAAAAUACGCUACAUGGAUCCACUGCAAGAAAUAUACAUCAAGAGAUAUUUCGGGAAUGUGAAGCACACCGCUUAUGAAAUGGAGAGGAAUAUCAGCUUGAUGUUAAUAAGCUCUGAUCUGGCGUCAAGCUAUCCCAAGCCAAUUCAUCCCAAUACUAUUUAUGUGGGUCCAACGCACAUUGAGAAGAAUUUUCCACCUCUACCUCAGGAUAUCCAAAAAUGGAUGGACGAUUCAGAAGAUGGAGUAAUCUAUUUCAGUUUGGGAAGUAACAUGAAGGGCACAUCAGUUCCAGCCGAGAAAAGAAAUGCUUUCAUCAGAGCUUUCUCCAUGUUCCCACGAGUUCGAGUUCUGUGGAAAUGGGAGAGUGACGAGAAACUACCUGGACAACCUGACAAUGUUCUUGUCAAAAAAUGGCUACCGCAACAAGCAAUACUUGCACAUCCUAAAACACGGAUCUUCAUAAGCCAAGUGGGCUUGCAAAGUAUGCAAGAAGCGACUCACUAUGGUGUGCCGAUUCUGGGCGUCCCAUUGUUCGCUGACCAGGAUUUCAAUGCCAGAAAACUGAUGCAGGCAGGUGCUGGAAGGGCUGUGGAUUUCCACUACGUAGCUUUCGAAAAUAUUUAUGAGAAUUUGAAGGAACUUCUAACAAACUCGAGCUAUGCAGAAAACAUGAGAAUUCUUUCAAGAAUCACGAAGGAUAAACCAAUGCCAGCAGUGGAAACAGCAGUUUGGUGGAUUGAGUAUGUGCUGAGGCACAAUGGAGCCCCGCAUCUCAGACCAGCUUGCAAGGAUUUAGUCUGGUAUCAGUACUACAGUCUCGACAUCAUUGCAGCUAUUGGGGCCACUAUUAUGUUGAUCCUUACUCUUUCUUAUUCAACCGUAAAAAUGAUUGUCAAAAAGCUGGUGAACAGUAAAUUAAAAACACAAUGAUUUGAGCACAGUGAGUUUUUUCGAUCAUUAUCAUUCGAGAAAGCUUGUGGUGGUUAAUCUGAAAAUAAUUUCAAUUUCUUGGGAAGCUCAUACCCUAUUCUUCUUUUGUGUUUGAUUGUUCUAUAUAUAUAUUACUUUUCUUUAUUCCAACUUGCCAUACCAACAAACUCCAGCAUUAGAAAGUCUUUAUUCUACAUGACAUGACUCUUCACUUCUAUAAAGUAGAAAUAUUCUUGAAAUUAUGUAUACUUAUUAUCAUUUAUUUAUAAAAUAUCAUCAUACUACCCUU